UAGCUGGUUGCUCGGGCAUGCGAGUAGGUGUGGCGAGCACACGCAGAGGUUCAGUGGGUGUUUGAGUGCGCUACAUUGUACACCAUGUUCUAUUAAAUGUAGUGGACUUACUUAGUGCAAAUAUCUCACGUCACUUUCGGGACAUUUGCCAGCGAAAAUGUGCGUUGCUAUGUUUAUAGGAACUGUCCAGUUUUGAAGUGGUCAGGAGACAAACUUGAGCAACUUCAGAGUUGGGUGUCUUGGUGGUGUCAGUGUUGCAUGCAUGGAAAGAAUUCACAUAUCAGUCAAGGGGACUUGUGAACCCUGUCAUUUGGUUGUGCAUGUCCCUGAGAGCCUCACAUUUUUUCUUCAAUGGCUGCCUCUGGCUCCUCCACCACAGUGCCUGAAGGAUUUCACUAUGAGACCAAGUAUGUCAUCCUCAGCUACCUCAGCCUGCCCCCACCAUCAAGAUCAAGACCCUCAGAGACAACGGAGGGAGAGAGCCAUUCGACACAGGAAGUGGAAAGAGAGCAGAGCCUGAAGAAACAGAUUGAGAAUGAAAUGAAGCAGCUGGAAGAGGAAAUUGCGGCCUCUUUUUCCAGAACCGGCUUUGAUCAGCUCACAUCCCCAGUGUUCAGUCCAGCCAAUCCAGAAAGCUCCAUAGAAGACAGCCUGGCAGUGCUGGCGGACCGCGUCUCACGGGACCUGGACACGCACCUGUCCUCCGCCACUCACACUCUUCUAAGCAGUGAUUUGGACUUUGAACGUUUCAGAGCAACGGUGGACGAGGUGUCCUCUCAUGCUCAAGGAGGAUGGAGCAAGGUGUUGGUACCUUUAGUAUUGUUACAAGCCCUACAGAAUGAGGGGCUGCCACUGGAAACACUGCUACGUUAUGGUUUGUGUUACCUUGAGGAAUCGCAAGCAGACUUCAUCAUUCAGCAGGGAGGAUGGGGCACUGUGUUCAGCCUGGAUGAAGCUGAGGACCCUGGCGUGAUCAUAGCCGAGGACAGUAACGACAUAUACAUCCUGUCAGGUGAACAGGCUUCGGAUCAGCUAAGCCCUCCUGCUUCACUACUAACUCUUGGAGAUAGCAGUGGGCCACCUUCCUGGCAGACAGAGAGUCUUCCUGUGUCUCUGACAGGACACGAGUCUUGGGCGCAGGUUGGCAUGAUGGACCCAGAAGAUGCCAAGAGUCUGGACAGCACCGAGGGAGUGGCGUUAGUCGAGGAGCAAAGCGAGAACAACUCCUCGAACUCUGACAUUGUCCACGUGGAACGUGAAGACGCUGAACUGCUAGAAGAAGGUGGGGAGACGUUGGAGGAAGGGGAGCUGCAGAGCAGCGUACUUAGCGUGCUGGGUAGCGAGAGCGACCUUGCUGCUGUCCGAGAAGAAGCACCAACCGCAGAGGCGGUGCAAACCGAACCUGAACCGAUUGUGGUCCCAGACGUGAUGGAGAUCCCUCCACCUCCAGCCUCAGUAGAGGAAGAGCACCCAGUCACCCAAGAGGUUUCCGCUACCCCCUCGUUCUCCGUGCCUGAGCCUGAACUUCAGUCUCAGCCUUUUCCAGCUCCUGUGGAGCCACAGUCAUCAUCCCCACCUGAUCUAGAACAGGAAGUGUUCCAAGAAAUCCUGGAGCAGAAGAUGCUUCCAGAGGUUGAUCUGAAAGCCACCUCCCCCGCCCACGACCUCCCUUCUGAGGUGCAGACGAAGACGGAGACGUCUGACCUCCCCGUGCUGCUAUACGGCGGUGCUGCCCUGGUGGCCAUCGCUGCAGUAUUGGCCUUUGGAGCACUGGCCUACAGGAAGAAGUAGAACGUCUCUGACUGUCCACAACCUCACUGUAUCUCUUGCCCUAACAGAAGCCCUGUGGGUCACAGUGCCGCCACAAGCUGCACUUUAUGAGAAAAGUACUCCUCUUACGUCAUACCUUUUUAUUUUCUGUUCUCGUUGCUUUUAGUUCUUUAAACCAGUUUUGUGACUGGAGAGGAACUUACAGGUGCAAAGUCAGGUUUCUUUGGUGAACCUGGGCUGUGACCUAGGUUUGGCCUGGUUCUGAAAGGAACAUCAAGGCUUUUGAUUCAAAGGAACUAAGUUAAUUUUUGUUAGUGAAGCAUGUUUAUGAAUAUUUGAUUUAAUGAAAUUAAGUUUGAUUUUAAAGCGCAAGCUUGUUUGAGUGGAUAAUUAUGAUUUUACCUUAUCAGAAAUUAAGUGCAAAACUUUAUGGGCCGUGCUCUUCAGAUGGAUUGUGUGACUGAUGUUCUCCCAGAAUAUAUCAGUACUUGUACAAAAGUACUCGUAACAACCGAAAGCAAA